CCUGUCUUGCCGAUCUCGAUAUGACAACCACUAGCGUUGCCAUGCAUGAAUCUCCUCGGCCCGCGAUCAAAAUAAAUGAAACUUCAACAGAAUUGCCGUCUAAGAAGAGGAAAGCAUCCGACACAUUAAAAGAUGGCGUUGCAAACCGCCAGAAAAUAACCAGAGCCUGUGACUCGUGCAAAGUAAAGAAAACCAGGUGUACUGGUACUUUACCAUGCACAAGAUGUACGCGACUGUCACUGCCAUGCAGAUACAAGGCCGCGUACUCUCGGGGGCUACCACCAGACCCUCUUCCUGCAUCACCGAGUCCACUUUCAACUCCCACUGGGCGUCGUACAUUUGGGGAUGUGGAUUGGCGUACGUCCAGCCCCAAUCUACAGGGCAAUGGUCGGGACUCGACUGUGACCGACAAUCUACUUCCAAACCAAAACAAAACCCAAACCCAGCAUGUGGUGUCAUCGCGGAACUCACCAGAGCCAGGAUCAACGGAUUUUGAGGGUAAUUACCUCGGUCCUUCAUCCGGUGUGUCGUUUAUCAAUCGUGUAUGGAGUCGUCUACAUCAAGAUGAAACGACGCAUUAUCCGGAUGAACUUCAAAACGAGUCCUCGCGGAAUACAGCUGUCUUUAUGUUUGGUGAUAAGCCUUACUCCAACUCCCAAGAGGCGGAAUUUACCCUCCCAUCUCUGGAAAAGGCGCUGGAGCUGGUGGGAAUUUACUUCGAUUACUCCAUGGUGACUUAUCGGUUUGUACAUAGGGGCAAUGUGGAAGAGUGGACUAGACAGGUUUACCAAAAUAACAUCGGCCUCUCGAAUCUCCCCGUGGGAAAUAUGGUUGCUCGGACUGCUAUCGUUCUGAUGAUCAUUGCUGUGAGUACUUUGUACGUGGAAAUGAGGCCCGGGGGAAUGCCUGGUAGGCGGAGUGAAAGGCUAGAAAGUGAGCGCUGGUAUGCAGCGUCGAAAUACAUGUCUUCUCUCGAGUCAGGGCCGCCACGACUGGAAACCAUCCAGGCUCGGCUGGGCCAAUGCCUAUAUCUGCUGUCAUCGUCACGGGCCAACGAAUGCUGGUACUCAUUCGGCACAACAAUGCAGAUUGUGACAGCACUCGGAUUACACAGGAAACGGUCAGCCAAAGUCUCGAAUAAUGGGUGCUCAUAUCUAGAAUUGGAGCUCCGCAAGCGCAUCUUCUGGAGUGUAUAUACUCUAGAUAAAUAUCUAAGCAUUAUGUUCGGAAGACCUCGUCUGCUCCACGACGAGGACAUCGACCAAGAACUACCGGACGAGACGAACGACGAAGACUUACUCGAAGAAGAUCCGAUGCGGAGAACAGGAUCCACGGACAGCAUGAUGAUUGCCUCUGUUCUUCAUUACCGACUCGGUCGUAUCCUGGGCGACAUUUCCCGUCAACUAUACAGCAUAAACACCGUCUCUCGAGACUCCCCCAUCGAGACCGCAAUCCGCCUAACCUCAGAACUCGAAAAAUGGAAAGAAACAGUCCCACCCUUAUUCAACAGUGUUCACCCAACCAGUUUAAUCCCACCCCUCUGCCGCCAAAGCCAAGUUCUCCAACUUGCCUACUCACAUGCGAUGAUCCACGUCACCCGCUCAUUCCUCUUGAACGAUUUCACAGACCUCAGCCGUAGACCGAAAGUCCCGCACCCGAUGGUCAGCUCACACGUCCAGAAAUGCAUCCAGGCUGCCGAGGACAUCAUGACAAUAACCGAUGGUCUAGCGCAUCAGGGCGUGCUGAUUCAGUCCUUUUGGUUCACACACUACGUGUGCUUCUGUGCUGUUUUGGUCGUUUACAUCCAUACCAUCCAACAGCACCGUAAGUCAUCGGGCGGAUCUAGCUCAGCCUCUAUCUCUUCGGUCGGAAGUCCCGAUGAUUCAGGAAAAUUGCGCCAGCUUUUUUCUCUUGCUGAAUCUUGUCAGCAACAUCUUGCUGAAGCUACACGCAAGAACUGUCCGAGCCGUCGCUACGGGAUUAUUCUGGAGGAGUUGAGACAGGAGGUUCAUCGACAGAUUGGGUCCAAUGGGCUCUCUGUCAAAACUCGGACUCAGUCUUCUGGUGAAAAUGAUACUCUCUAUGUCUCAGGAGAGCCUUCACAGAAUGCAGAUAUAAAGUCGGUUCUCUUCGACGCCCAGGCGGUUGAUUUCAUGAUGCAGCCAACCGAUUUGGGGAUCAAUACGGGAGACGAUGCUGGCUUCCUUGAGAGCCUCGAGGGAUCGAUCUGGUGGGCUCAACUUGACUCAUGGGCAUUUUCCAAUCUCCCUAACGACCCUUCUACAUUUAACUUUUAAGCACAGGAUGCAUGUAGCUUACGGGUCACAAAGCCAAAAUCGCGUUCAAUUGCAAAUAUCCUGCUACAGUUCGUGUUGCAUUCUGGCCAUUCUUCCCUCAACACGCUAUUCGGUUUACAAAUUAUGAUUCAGUGGCGGUCAAUACUGCAUGAGACCACCGCGGUGAACGUUCUCCAAGUAGCUUGUUACUCUCCCUCAGUUCCGUUAGAUGGUUGGAUACAGAGUUAAUCAGAAACAACA